UCAUUCGCCAAACAGCUACCGAAGUGGCAUAUCGCACACGCGGAAAAGCACUCGACGCGCGCGCUGAAUGCCAAACGAAUUGUGUUCCAUGAUAAAUAAGUGCAUACAUAAAUAUUAAAUAAUUGUAACAGUGCAAAUAAAUAGAAUGUGAAUACUCGUAUUUAUUGUUAAUUGAAUUAAGUUGAAUUUGAAUUGUAGCACGCGUUGAGAAGGGUGUGUUCGCAUGUAAGUGGCGCCCAGGAUUGUGUGUCUUUGACGAAGACACAGUAGGAGCUGCAAUUUUGAGCAAACGCCACAAAAAUUUAUGCAACAGUUAUUAACUUGCCCGCAAUCAUAAUAAUAAAACUAAUAAGAAAAAGCUAAAUAAGUGAAAAAUACCAAAAACAAACAUAUAAAACAAAAAAAAAAAAACAAAAACAACAGCGGCGGCAAUAAAACGCAAAGGCAAUCUUUAAUUAUGUGCAAAAAAGCGGGCAAUUUUAGUAAGAAUGACAACAACAACAACGAAAACGGUAAACGGUAAAGAAAACGCAAAUUAACAUCAUCGGCGAGUAUAAAAGCAACAAUUAAACAACACGCUGAACAUUGUUUUGAGGCAAUUUAAAUCAAAGCAAAAAUCAGCCCACAUUUUACCCAGCAAAAAAACCGUAUAAGUAAACAAAAAUUACAACAGCAACAAAAGCACAAUAAGGCAAAAAUCGCAACGCGGCAAAAAACUUGCGGCUGACUGCUGGAAAAUCGCAUAAGCAGCCAAAGCAACAGCAAUACAAAUAACAAUAACAACAAAAAUAACGCCCGCGCAGCUGUUGUGUGCGUACGCCUGUCAGCCCUACGACAGCCAGUCGACCAACAACAAUUAGCUUGGCUUAGCCACACAGCGGGAGCCGUGCGUUCGCUUGCAGAAGUGUUGGUCCACCAACUUGGCUUGAACACCGUGCUCCAGCGGCUAACAGCUGCAAUGCUUACGGAUUAGCUGUGGCAACAGCUGUUGUUGUUGCUGCUGCUGCUGGUUGAGCUGCCCCCAUUUAUGCCCAGCUCACCACCGAAACACCACGUCACGCUGAGCGCACGCGUACCUCCCGCCCCCGUUCGCCGCGCUGCAUAUGGCUGUGAUUGCUUCGCUUUCGUUUUUCCGCGCUUCGCGUUUUCCAUUUUCAACGAUUUUUAUAACUGUUUAAGUUUUUUGUUUUGUGAUAUUUGUUGUUGCUGAAGACUCUUUUGCCAACACCAACGCCAACGCUUGAUGAUGUGCUCACCUAGUGGCUUCGUUUUCAUUUUAAUUGCAACUUUAAUUUGGAAUUGUUUGCAUUUUGAAUGUGCGGUGCACGACAACAACAACAACAACAACAUCAGUGCGAGUAGCAACAACAGCAGCAACGCCAACAAGACUCUGGUGAGCAAUCGCAGUUGGUUCAGCAAAACCACAGCGAGUCACAGUCAUGUGGCCCCCGCCGUUGGUCACAAUGAAAGAGUAGCAGAUAACACGAGAAGUAGCAGCAGCAGCAGCACCCACAAUGCCAGCAACACCAACAGCAGCACGAAUGCGAAUGGUAACGCUCGCGCUGUUGGCGGUCGCCGUUUGCGCAUCGAUAUCACGCGGAAGCACAGCGUUCAUCUGAAUGGUGUCGAGAUUAAGGAAAGUUCACUCGCUGAUCAUUUGGCUGAACAUGAAAAGGAGUUAAUAUUUGGAAAAGAGAAAGAAGGGCGUCCACUGAAAUUGGUGCAUUUGCAACAUCUAACAGAUGCUAGCGACGUCGAUGGAGGGAAUGCAGUUGACGCUGCAGCCACUUUUGCUGCUGAUCCAGUAACGCCGGCAGCUUUCAAGUCACAACCAAAGCAACAACCAACGCACCAAUCAUCGCAUCGUGUCAAACGUUCUGACACCAGCGCCACCGCAGAGAGUCAAAGCGCCGACGCGCAACCGCAAGCGGCAAGCGUGCCAAGUGAGGACGUUGUCUCUGUGCAAAUAAAAGACAACGACCAAUCGGUGCACCUACAGCUACGCCAGACACCGAAACUAAUCGACGAUGCUUUUGUAUUCAUCCGACGCUAUGCCAACUCGACGCAGUUCAUUGAGGAUUCGCAUAAAUUAGCCGAGCGGUAUGAGCGUUGCUUUUACAGUAAUGAAAAUUCAGCACUUGACCUUUGCGAUGAUGAAAAUGUGCGCGGCGUUUUCCAUCACAACUCCACCAACUACAUAAUCCAUCCACUGCCAGCACGUUUCGGCAACUCAACCCACGUAAUACUCGAAUCGAACUAUCACCUGCCACCCAAAGACACAAGGGAAUCUGCCGUUAUGCCAUUGGCAGCAAGUGUACUUAACGCAAGCGUACAAUUUGAGCCAGAAGAGGAGGGUUUCAACGAGUUGAACGACUUCCCGUUAGAACCCACCAUAAGUGAAUACACGGCACGUCCAGUGCGUAAUACCGGCUAUGUGACCCACGAAGAAUACACAGAAGACACCACACAUAACUACACAUAUCAUCACAAUGGAAGAGACGAUAAACUAAAGAAAUAUGUGGAUAUAAAUUUACGUUAUAAGCCACGUUAUCAUCAUCACAACAACGGCGAGAAGCAACAACAAUUUCAGCGUCAGAAAUAUCAGCGACAGCGACAACAUUUGCAUCGUCAACAACAAGAAGCCCUAUCCGCCAAACAGAAGCCGGAGAAACUGCCACAACGCCAAAGAAAACUAAAAGAACAUCACCAACAUCGCAAACAACAACAAGCAAAAGCAGCGUCAACACUGCUUGAUCACAUCGAUUUGAUGCACGAUGACAACAACAACAAUGCAGAAAACGUUGUUAAAAGCAAAAAGCACGAUGACCAACCACAGCGUCGACGUCGUCGCCGGCGUCGUAACAUAGCUUCGGGCAGCACGAUGAUACCACAAGAUCUGUACAUUGAGACGGCGAUCUUUGUCGAUCGUGAUCUCUUCCAGCAUAUGUCGAAGAAUUUUCCCGACAAUACCGAAAGUCAAAUGAUACGUUUUGUAUUGGCAAUGAUAAAUGCCGUUCAACUGUUGUAUCACGAUCGCUCGCUGGGGCGGCGCAUUAACUUCGUAUUGAAACGUUUGGAAAUACUUUAUAAUGAUCCGGCUAGUUUACGACGCUCCGAUGAUAUUGACACGUAUUUGAGUAAUUUUUGCGAGUGGCAGCAACGUUUAAAUCCGCCGCAGGAUAGUGACACCAUGCAUUACGAUCAUGCAGUGAUCUUGACAGGUCUCGACUUGUACGUUGUGGAUAAAGGCGGUAAGAAGAUCAAUCAGGUGGUUGGUCUUGCACCAGUGUCCGGCAUGUGCACGAAUACUUCUUCAUGUACCAUCAACGAGGGCAAACAUUUCGAAAGUGUUUUCGUUGUAGCGCACGAGAUCGGACAUAACCUUGGCAUGCGUCACGAUACAAUAAACGACCGGAAUUGUGAUCCCUCACGAUAUAUUAUGUCGCCUACAUUGGGCAGCGGCAAGACGACAUGGUCGGACUGUUCGCGUGAUUAUUUGGAAAAGUUUUUGAGAAAAGGUUUAGGCAGCUGCCUCUUCGAUCACGGUCAAUUUGCCAACAAUUUGGAUCACUUGGCUGAGGGUAUAUUGCCGGGCGAACGCUUUGAUGCCGAUCAGCAGUGUAUGCUUAAGUAUGGACGCCCUUCAAUGCGUGCUAAAAAUCAAAAGCAAUCCGAUAUUUGCACCGAUUUACAUUGCCAGCGCGAUCGUCAUACUUGGACGUCGCAUCCGGCUUUGGAGGGCACCACGUGUGGCCCAAAUAUGUGGUGCCGUAGCGGUACGUGUGUAAUACGUCCUGCUUAUGUUGAGCCCUACCAUACGCCUAAGCUUGCAUCAACUGCUAGUAAAGUGGGUUAUGAGAAGUCGAAUUUCUUGGAAUCUAGUAAAACCGGACACUAUUUGCAUGAAUACAACUAUAAUAAGCCUGUUAGUUGGAGUGAAUGGAGCGAGGCGAGUGAAUGCGCUUCCGGCUGCCUAUAUGGACCUUCGCGUCGUCUGCUCGAAGGCAGCACGGGUCUACGCACUUACUCACGUCGUUGUGUCGAUCAUUAUAGACGCUGUCUUGGGCCAGCGCAUAAAUACGAAUCUUGCGUAGCAAAAGAUUGUUAUAGCUCAAAAAUCGUUAUGACAAUUGAAGAAUUCGCUUAUGACAAGUGCAUUCGUGCGCAAAAGUCGGAUGCAGAACUGACAGGCGAGGGCGUGCAGAUAAUUGGCGAUAUUGAGGAAUCUUGCAAAGUUUACUGCCGCACGAAAACGAAUGGCACUAAAACGCGCCGUUGGACUUUCCCUGAGGGCACCACAUGCCGCACUACACUUUACAAAACCGAAGAUAUAUCAUAUUGCAUUGGUGGGCGGUGUGAGAAGUUCUCGUGUGACAACUCGACACACAACUACUACAAAUUGGAUCCGCAUUUUUGCGAGCAACGUAGGACGUCGCCAGCACGUGCCGAGGAAUCGGAGAGUCGACGCUACAACACGGUGCAUGCCGCCACUGCUAGUGGCAAUAACUUAGGUUAUAAUAAAAAUUAUCAUAACAACAACAACAUACCACAGUACAACAUUUAUGCGCCCACAACAUAUCGUAGUAAAUACGAGAAUGAGGUGGCCGUACGCAGUUUCCAUGGUCAGGAGCGCGAAUCGCCCUACAAACGUAAAUCGGGCGGCUAUCAGCCGUGGAAUAAAUACAGUUAUCCGCUGCGUGACACAGCGCAACCCGUGGCGCAGCCACAGCCACCAAAGCCGCCACCUCCCGUCUCGGCCUCUUUAGUGGCGCUGGACACGGCAGUAACGGCGGCGGCGGCAGAGCCUGAAUGGAUUGUCAAAUCGGGUUGUCAUUCGAGUUGUAUGGCCAAAUCGAAGGGCAUUCAAGUGGUGACCUCGCGUCGCACCGGUGCCAAUAACAUACAGUUGUGCACGCAUACCGCCAAGCCUUGUGAACGUUUACUGUCGGCCACCGAACAUGCGGAACACACUUGCGCGCGCUACAAACAGAAGGUGCGCGGCCUCUCUGGCUAUGGCACGCAAAUUGCGGCGAGCGUCGAUGAGCCGGAUAGGAGCUGUCGUGUCGGCUGCCAGGAUGAAUCUAUUAAGUAUCGCUUCUAUUUGGUGAAUGGCCGGUAUGGGCAUUUUCCGCUUGGCACUAAAUGCUCAAACACCGAGGAACGUUAUUGCGUCAAUGGCAAGUGCUUGGAAUUUGGGCCAGACAAUAUACCGUUACAGCAGUCGCAUAUCAGUUUGGCCUUGUUUCGCAGUCGCCGUCGCCGUUCGCUGCCGUCGUUUGAUGAUGGGUUGUCACAGCGUGAACCUGUGUUGCCUACGGUGGAGAGUGUGCGCCAGCGUCGUAGCUAUCUUUACUUUGACCCCGUAAAUAUCACGGAAACAAUCACACAAGAUUUCAUAAAUAGCAUUGUGAUGAGUAUAAUGGACUUUGAGCAAAAGAGUGUCGAAGAUGAAUUACUCAAUCGUGAUCACAUCGAAUUCAAUAAUCCCAUACACAUAGCAACAGAAGAGGAAGCAACAACGGAACUCCAAGCGACUACAUGAUUUCUUGUAUCUAUUUUCUUUGUGAAUUAGCAGCAACAAAUAUCGAAUUGCAAAUUAUUUAUACCUAGAUAUCUAACUAAUAUUUUAAAACACAUACACACACAUAUUUAUGAAUAUAUGUAUUUUAUGUGUGUUUCGAUCAGCGAAUUAAACAAGCGUUGAAGUGUGUGUGCGCGCUAUUGUAGUGAUAUUUUCAUUAGGGUUUUGAAUAAAUCAUAGCUUUCGAAUUGAUCUUAAGUUAAAAACAGAAAAGUAAACAUUAUUUAUGUACAUAUGUAUGUACUUUAUUUGCGUAUAAUAUAAUAAGCUGAUAAGGUGUCUUAUUGGCUGAACAUGAAUUGUAGAAUAUGUAGUAUAUGUAUUUACAAUAAAUAUUUUUAACUAAAAUAA